ACUCAAGUCUUAUUCAACAUUGUGGGUUUUUAUAUAUACGCGGAGAUUUCUCAAUUUUUUUUUUCUUUCAGCUCUUGUAAAUUUGUCGAAGAUUCAAUCUCCUGUGGCUUUUAUCUGUACAAGAUAAUGGAAAUCAUAGUUCCUUCGAACAAAAACCACUUCGGAUCCGAAGAUGAAAAUGAGAGAUACGAGGAGGAGAUUGAGAAAGAUAAUUGGAUUGCGAUUAAUUCUUCGACGAGGAAUGCAAAGUGGUGGUACUCGGCUUUCCACAAUGUUACGGCCAUGGUCGGAGCCGGAGUUCUAUGUUUCCCUUACUCGAUGACUGAAUUAGGAUGGGGUCCAGGGGUAACCGCGAUCACCCUCUCUUGGAUCAUAACUCUCUACACAUUGUGGCAAAUGGUCGAGAUGCAUGAAACGAUUGAGGGAAAGCGUUUUGAUAGAUAUCAUGAGCUCGGGCAAUACGCAUUUGGUGAAAAACUUGGCUUGUGGAUAGUAGUUCCUCAACAAAUAAUGGUUAUAGUCGGAGUAGAUAUAGUUUAUAUGAUUUCCGGAGGAAGUUCACUCAAAAAGUUUCAUGAUUUGCUAACCGGAGAAAACAAACAUCUCAAGCUUACACAUUUCAUCACAAUCUUCGCUUCCGUCCACUUUGCGCUCUCCCAACUUCCAAACUUCAACUCAAUUUCCGGGGUGUCGCUUGCUGCAACAAUAAUGUCGAUCAGUUAUUCGACAAUAGCAUGGGCAGCAUCGGUUCACAAGGGCGUGCAACCAAACGUGCAAUAUGGCUAUAAAUCGAAGAACAAAGUCGACACUAUUUUUACCUUUUUCAGUGCAUUGGGAAGCAUUGCAUUUGCCUACUCAGGCCACAAUGUAGUGUUGGAGAUACAAUCUGCCAUGCCUUCGACACCUCAAUCUCCUUCGAAAAAACCAAUGUGGAAAGGAGUGAUUGCUGCUUAUGUGAUCGUCGCCUUUUGUUAUUUCCCCGUUGCUUUUAUUGGAUAUUGGAUAUUUGGCAACUCGGUUGAUGAAAUUAUUCUCGUCACGUUAAACAAACCAACCUGGCUUAUUGCCAUGGCUAACUUGUUUGUCGUGAUCCAUCUCGUCGGGAGUUAUCAGAUCUACGCAAUGCCGGUUUAUGACAUGAUGGAAGUUGUGCUUGUGAAGAAAUUAAAGUUCAAGCCGAGUUGGUAUCUCCGUUUUCUUGCCCGGAAUACAUAUGUCGCUUUCACCAUGUUGGUCGCCUUGUCCUUCCCUUUCUUUGAUGGGCUUCUAGGGUUUUUUGGAGGAUUUGCAUUUGCACCGACCACAUACUUUCUUCCCUGCAUAAUAUGGCUUGUAACCCAAAAACCUAGAAGAUAUGGUUUAUCUUGGUUCACAAACUGGGUUUGCAUAGUCCUCGGUGUCGCAUUGAUGAUUGUCGCGGCUAUGGGAGGACUAAGAAAGGUUAUAAUUGAUGCAAAAGGUUAUAAAUUCUAUUCAUAAGUUUUAGGAAUGUAAUGAAUCAAACUUCUUUCAAUUUGUGCAAUAUUAUAAGUGUAGAUUGUGAAUGUUUAAUUUAUGAGUAUUUGUUAGAUUAGAAAGAAUUCAUAUGGGUGUGUUUGUUUAGGGGUUCGAAUUUUAAAUUGGGAUUUAAAUAGUAAAACUUUUGAAUUUGAGUAGUUGUACGAUGUAAUAUAAAUAGGUGUUAGA